AUGGCGUUACCCCCAAAGCGCAGCAGCAUUCCUCAGUCGCCGAGGACGGCAACGCGCGUUGAAGAUUUCGCGCAACGACAAAGCUGGUACGUCACGUGCCUCUCGGUCUGGUCGGACGAUUCGAGCUCGUUCUCGUGGCUGUUCGUGACGCUCUUAUUGUUCCUAGCGAAAGGCAUCAUCACGACGCUCGAGUGCGAGGGCGAUUGGUUGUCCGCGGUGAUUGUCUUAUUCGCCGCGUUGAUUCCGUGCUGCAUGUGGGCGGUGUUUUUCGUGUACAUGUCCAAGCGAGGGCACAACGACCAGUUUCACGAGCACUUAUCGUUCGGGGUUUUAGCGCAGACGUUUUGGUGUGGGGCGAUUGUGGCGCCGAUCGCGGUGUAUACGGUGAGAGCGUUCGCCGCCGGGAUCGUGACGGCGUUGCUCGGGUACUCGGCGAUGGCGUUUAGCGCGGAACCGCCGACGAACGAGGAAGGUCAAGGAGGCGUCAGCGUGGAAACGAUCAUGGCGACGGCAUGGUUGGCGUUCAUUUUAGCCGGAUUUAGCGAAGAGACGGCGAAGUAUUUCGUCGCCAGCAGGUGGGUGAGAGCGAAAGACGACAGUUUAGGGAGCAAAGCAGAGUUGGAGGAGGAUAUGGGGGGAUGUUCGUACGCCAUCGGCUGGUCCAAACGAACUCGGUCGCCAAGGAAGGUUGUUUUGUUAGCCAUGGUAGUCGGCUUAGGAUUCGCGUGGAUCGAGAACGUUCAGUACGGGGUACGAACGUACGAGCAAAUGCAAAAUACGCAAGUGUUGAUGGACGUGACGAAAGCGGAUAUUACGGUGGUGUGUACCGAUCCGCUACACCCGAGGAUUGUGGUGUUGAGCGGGUCUUUGGAUACUCCAAUCGCGGAGGCGGUGAUACCGAACGAAGCGGCGGCGGCGACAGCAGCGGCGGCGCAAGAAGUGACGCAAGAAACGCAAAGCAUCCCAGCCUUGAUCACGAGCACGAAGUCGAAAUCUAAAGCGGCGGCGGCGGAAAAAGCAAAAGCGGUAGAAGAAGUAAACGACGACGCGCAAAGAGCGUACGCUCAAGAGCAACAACACAUAAUUCAACAACAAAAGCAACAAUCACACAAAAUGAGUUAUUUCAUGUCCACGGAUUCUGGAUGGAUCCCGUUUCUCGGGAAGAUGACUGGUAUUUCAAGAAAAAGCAGCGGCGGUAAAGGCCAAUUGCACCCGGUGUACGACGAUCGCGAGAUCAUUUGGGAGUUUAAGAACCAAAUUUUGCAAGGCAUCUACGAAAGUUUUGCGCAAACAAAAUUGUCUCUCGAGAAGGCGACAGAUGGCAUGCAUUCGUACAUCACGAAGGGGAUAUUGAGACCAUCGAACGCGAAGGAGUACUUGCGAUUAUCCAGCGUGAGCGCCGCCGAGGAUGGUAGAUUGACGGUUGGGAAAAUGGGCGAACAAGAGAGCGACGGCGAGGGAGGAGAAAAUAGCAAUAGUGGCGGUGGCAUUAGCUACCCGAACAACAACAACAACAACAACAACAACAACAACAACGAGGGGGAACAACAACAACAGCAGAAAAGUAGCGGUCGUUUGGGUGUCGUCACGGAUGAUCCGAAACAACGCGAAAGCGUCAUCGUUCGCGCGUUGACCCGGUACGGUUUCGCCGAUCCGAACGGCAACCAGACCGAAGUCGCCAUCACGAGCUGGAACCAAACUGCAAUCAACUGCACGGUACAAACCAUGGACGGGCGUCCAUUGUAUGACGAAGAACGUGGUGCCACGGCGACGAUGAUAACCGUUACCAGAGGUUUCAUGCCCAUGCACGCCAUCUGGGCCGGUCUUUCUGGCAUGCGGUACGUCCGAGCGCACUGGAUCAUCCAAGCCUCAAACGGAUUUUUCAUCGAUCCAAUCAAGUGCAUCUCCCGCUCCUGGCUCUACCACGGCGCAUUCGACUUCUUCCUCAUGUCCGCCGACCAACUCCGCAUCGCCAUGCAACCCGAAGUCACGAACCCGUACGUCUCCUGGUUCAUCGUCAUGGCCGCCGGCACGUUCAUCAUCCUCUCCUCCUGGGUCCAUUUAGUCAAAGAAGGCGACCAGUUAGAAAGAGACUUGAACCGAAACGGCUACCCGGGAUCCCAAGACAUCGCCAACGUCGCCUUAUGCUCCAGUCGACGCCGAAGAGCGUACUGUUGCAUCUGCGAAUCGUGCUGUUGCCCAAGCGGGGGCGACGAUUCGGACGACGACGACCACACGGGGAACUACGACGACGAUCGCCACGCGCCUUUGUUAGACGCGCCAAAGGGUGAAUCGCCGCCGAGUAAGUACGGAAGCGCUUAA